AGAUAUCUGGGACCUCCCUGCAUGUAUAUUCUAGCGAUAACAUUUCCAUUGUCUUAUUAGGUUAUAGUCUGAUUGUCCCAUGUUAUUGUCUAGUGCUAACCCGCCAUACAAACCUUGACUUCGUUUUCUAACUGUUCUGUAAUUACCGUGAGUGAAAUGUCACUAGUCGAGCGAACGGCCGUGUUUAUUGGUAGAACGGGUGCUGGAAAGUCGACGUGUGCCAAUACUUUUGCCUCUGAUGUUCUAUUUCCAGAAAGCGACCAAUCUGUAAGUGAAACAAAGUUCAUCGAAACUCGAACCGUCAACAUUGAUGGAGCAAACAGUCGGUAUCGUGUCAAAAUCGUGGAUACGAUUGGAAUCGGUGAUACAGACCUUGCACACGACGAAGUACUCAAGCGUCUGGCUAGCGCUUGUUACGAAUGUCGCGAAGGAAUCAACGCCGUGUAUUUCGUCACCGGGGGAAGGUUUACUCAAGAAGAAGCAGACGCGUGGGAUGUCAUUUGGAAGGUGCUCUUUAAUCCCGCUGUCAUCGACCACACUGCCAUCGUCCGCACUCGAUUUCCAAAGUUUUUGGAUCCCACCGCUGUAAAGAGCGAUUGUGAUAAGUUGAAAGCACAAAAAGGGGCGGGAAGAAAAAUAAUCGAACAAGUCAAAGAAAUUAUUCACGUCGACAAUCCACCGCCAGAAUAUCCCGGCUGGAAGGAAACACGACAGAAAUCGCGAGACGUUUUGUUAACGCAUUUGGCUCACUGUGAAGCUGUUUACAAACCUCCAGAACUGGAUGAAGUAAACGAGCGCAUAACCGAACACGCCGAGACAAAGCGAGCCGCAGAGACCAAAUUGGAAACGCUACAAAACGAGUUGAGCCAGACACGUGAGCAACUAGAAGAAGCUAGAGUACAGAUGCAACUACAAGUGGCACAAGAGAGAGAGAAAGCCGCUGAAUGUGAGUUGCGAUUAGCACGAGAAAUGAACGAAAUUCUUACAAAACGUGCAACGUCACGAAACUACUCAGGCGAAGAAGACACGAUAAGCGCAACUGUGGAAACCGCUGGACAUUGGAUUGCAAGGCAAAUUCGUAACUGUUCUCUCAUGUGAUUGGACUUUCGCCAUGACUUUGCAUGCAGGAGUGUUCUCAUUUUGGUUUUGUGUCUAGUAUACCUAGAGAUUCUAGUAGCUCUUAAUUGGACAAUGUACUGCCUUAGGGCACUAUCGAUUGUACUUCUUCGUUGUAAAGCAAAAAUCUUGUCAAGUAAA